CAAAAAAUGGAGCAAAAGAAGCUUGUCAGGAAGUACGUCGGGACGUAUGACAGGGAGUAACGCAGGAAGUUCUACAGCGCGCAGCUGUGAGUAACAAGCCGAAAGUAGUACAUCAGUGCAACAACAUGAAGCUCAGACAGGAGGUUCUGAAGCAUGGUUGUGCAGCUGGUACAAGGAAGGAGACUGAUCGGUGCAUCAUCAACUGUGUCAGACCAAGCAAGAAGCAACAUCGGAUGUGCUCUUGGUUCUGUGGGAAGGUUGGACACAAGAAGGUGAAGUGUUUUGCUCGUGAGAAGAGCAGAAACAUGACCAAGAAGGUGAACAAGACGUUCAUUAAACCCAAGAGGGUUGAAGAGGUGCUCUUAGUCAAGAGUGGCUUACUUGAUGAGGUCAAUGAAGAGACGUCAGGAGAAGGGUGCAGCUCUGUUGAGAGUGAUCUUGAGGUUGAUCAAGAAGCAUCAAAUCUGGAGCUAGGACACGAGGUUGUUUGUGGCACAAAGGAGAAAGAGAUCGAAGUGCGUCAGGAAGUGAUGCGAGAUGAUCUUUAGGAGGGUGAUAGUGAAAUCACUCCAAGACAAUAGAAACGAGUGCAGAGAGCACUCGGUGUGGAUGGGGAGGGGCUCAUGGUCAAGAAGAUGACACAUGACGGAAGCCAGGUCCUCAACAUAAGCUGGUCGAAGGGUAGUUUGACAGGUGCGUCAGGUCAUGAUGCAAUACUUGUUCUUCCGCUGCAGCAGGGGUUGUGUCAUGAUUACACAUGAAGAAACAGACGGUUGGGUCUGUAAGGCUUGACAUCUAAGCAUCUGUUUUAGCUUUGUAUGCAAUCAAACAGGGGAAGAAUGGUGAUGUUCUGGUACAGAGUAUGCAUAUCUCAUGGGGGAGAAAAUCAUGGUGUGGUGCACAUCUCGUGGGGGAGAAAAGCACAUUUUGUGUGGAACUUUCCAGGUGAGGAACAUGGUUGCAACGUGGUUGCUGAACCAAGAGAAUGUUGUGCUUGAUCGGCACACAAAGCUAAAAGGGUUAGACUGAAGAUGUAAGAUGUCUGCCCUGAAGUAGUCGCUGACGUAGUUGCUAAAGCAGACGUCGUGUUGAAUGGUGAAGACCAUGUGGAGUGAAGGUGCUGAGCUGGAGUCGUGUAGACUUGGAGAGAAAGAGAGUAUCUUAGAGAUAUGGAAAGAGGGAUAAACUUGAGGAGCAAGUUUAUGAAUUAAAAGAAGAGGAAUAAGCGCAUUCCAAGAAAAAGAAAGUUGCACUUAAUGUUAUGGAAGACGUUCGUAUCCAUGUUGCCUUGGAGACUAGGAUUUCGGGAACGUGGAGAAUAAUAUAAGAUAGCUAUGGGUCGUCUGUAAAGAGACAGAGACACAGAGGGUGAUCUUAUAGAGAGAGAUAAGCUCUUGGAAGUGUUGUGGAUCGUGCUGAAGCAGUGGCUGAAGUACUUGACGGAAGAGAGACACAAGCAGGUAGCUUAGGAAUCUUUCAGUAGCAGUUGUUAGGGUGUAACAGACUGUUUAAAGCUGAUUAAGCAGAUCUUGUAAUAGAGUGUACAAGUCGAUUUCUAAUAAAGCUUAAGUGUUGCUUGUAGUUGUUUUGUCUCCUUGAUUUAUCUUCUGCGGUACUAUUGUGUUUGCAUCUUGCACUUACAGACAGUUCAGAUGUCUACUCCUUUAGGGUAGUUCUCAUUGAAGCGCUAUGCGUCGGGCUUUGGACCUCACACUAGUGGAAAAGAAAAUGAACUUAGCUGAGUGGGCACUAAACUGCUACAAGAAAGGCAUGCUUGAUCAGAUUGUUGAUCCCUUUCUGAAAGGCAAGAUCACACCAGAGUGCUUCAAGAAGUUUGCUGAAAUAAACCGCUAUGAAAUGUGUACGAGACCAGGGCAUAGAGAGACCGUCUAUGGGAGAUGUUCUGUGGAACUUAGAGUUCGCGUUGCAGCUUCAGGAAAGCGGGGAAGAGAGCGGGAAGGGGAUAUGGAGUGAGAUGGACAUGGAUCAGACUAAGUACGAUGAUGAUAAUUGUAAAAGGAAGAACAAUAACAAGGGUUUUAUGGUGGUGGUAGUGAAGAUUUUGAUGGACUCGCAUUACGUGAUGUGUUUUCUCAGAUUUUACGUGGGAGUAUUGGAUGAAGUAAGAUAAGAACAAGUAAUCAAGAGUAUAAUAAUAAUAAGUAACCAGGGUUGGGUUUAGUUACUUACUUUAUUUAUGUUUAGGCUUUUGCUGAGCAAUAAGAGAGAGAGUGUUAUUUGAGAAUGAAUUGGGCAGUGCUAUCCUCUUCCAUUCUCCUCCUCUGUACGGUGUGGACAUAUAUAUCCCGCGAUUCUAAGAUUUUCGGAGUUCAAUUUUGUUACUUCACUGUUGAAAUCAUGCUCUGGUGUUAUUACGUUUGUGUUGAUUGAUUUUUAUUGGAUUUUCGUCAGUUUUGAUAGUUUUUGCAUUUGAUUUCUCGUUCUGAAUAUAUAUGCGGCCGAUCUUCUUGCUUCUUCUAGAUGAACAUUGUUUAGUUAUAUACUAUGUUGGCUUCUCUGGUCCUGCACCAUGCAUGGUUAUUAAGAUUUAUGUGAAUUACAGUUUCCUGUGUUUGGACAGCUUUUUAAUUUGGAUCCUCGUCAGUUUUGAUAAUUCUGAAUCUUUUCAUUGCCUAUCGAUUUCCUGUUAGAAGUUGAUUUCAUGGUUGCUGAUUCCUUUAUCUCCCGCUGAUGCGUGUAUAUAGUUACUAUGUUGACUCCUCUGGUGGUUGGUUGUUAAGUCUUAUGUGAAGCACUGGUUCUUGUGUUUGAUCUCAGAUCGUAGGCUGUUGUGUGUGUCUUGUAACCGAAUGAUAUAUUGUCUCGCGUGAUUGUCAGCUCCUGCAAUAUCAAACCUUCAUUCCUCUCUCAAUGGUUUUAGCUUCGAAUCUACCAGAUGGGUCGGGGAGAUCUUUUGAUGCUUCGUAUUCUGGUGCGCCGUCUCCCAGUUUUCAUCAUUCUGGUGGAAGUCUUCAGGGACUUCAUAAUCUUCAUGGGAGCUAUAAUGUUGGGAACAUGCGAGGUACACUUUCAUCAAGAAACUCAAGUAUGAAUAGUAUACCAUCUCCCGGUGUGCAACAACCUAAUGGGAGUUUUCCAGUAAAGGAUUUGAUUCAAGUAACAUACAUGUUGCUCUCUCUCAGUUAUCUCAUAAUAGCUCACAUGGGCAUUCCAGAAUCCCAAACAGAGGAUGAAUUAAUGGAGUUGGUGGUUCUAUUCCUGGGGUUCUCUCCACGUCUCAGUAAUCGGAAUAGUGUUCCAAUGGGAAUGUCCCAAUUGUUGGCAAACGCAGGUCCUCGAAUAACAUCAAAUGCAAUGGGGAACAUGGUUGGUGGAGGUAACUCGAGGAAUAUUAGCUCUGGUGGAUUGUCUAUUCCUGGCCUUUCGUCGCGUCUAAAUUUGGGAGCUAAUAGUGGAUCAGGGUUAAGUGUUCAGGGACAGAACCGAAUGCUGGGUGGACUUCCUCAAGUUCUGCAUGGAGAGCUCUUGAGUUGGCAAUGUUAUGCGCGGAUCUUCAUUCUACAAACCGACCAACCAUGUCCCGUGUUAUUAUCGAGCUAAAAGAGUGUCUUGCGUGUGAGAAAUCUGAGGAUAAGUAAGAAUCGAGGUUUGGAAAAUCGCGAUGAAAAUUGGACGCUUCGGUGGUUCAUGGUCAAGAUAGUUUGUGCAGGAACCAGUACCGGGUCAUUCCUUAUGCUUGUGUUUUUAAGUUUUUUGUCUACUUGUGCGUGUGGUACCAAUGAAAUUAAGAAAACAGUGAUUUUUGGUUAUCAACUUAUAAGAAUAUCUAAACUAUUACAAAUUUGAAAUAACCCUUAAUUCACUUCUAAUAUUACAACUCAAUGCCAUUGCUUUUAUUAAGCGACACUUAACAUAAUUAUAAACCACCGAAAUUAAAGUUACCUUGCAAACCAACUAUACCGUUUUUCUUAACAAUUAAUAUUGGUUUAGUUUUGUCUACAGAAUCAUUGUGUACAUGUUUCAAUGCCAUUAAUUUCUCGGUUUGGUAUUUUCAACAGAAUCAAAUCCAACCAAUCAAUAAUUCAAUUUCAUACUUCUUUAUAACAAUUUUGUAAAACCUACCACAUCAAAACAGGUCCACAAUAUAAAACAAAAUGAGUUUUAGUUCAUAAUUUUUUUGUUACAUUUCUGAGUUUCUUCCUUAUAUUUACAAACCAUUUGUGAUGAAAUUUUUUUUUUUUGAUUUAGAUAAUUUAAUAAAAUGAGUCAAAAUUUUAAAGAAUAUUAAAAGAUAUUUUCAGUCCACAAUAUCUAAACUAAUACUUUCGUAUAUUUUUUAAAUCAAUAUCGUUUAAAAAACUUUUCCUAUAUCUAAGCAAUCAGCAUCAAUAAACCGAUAACAAUCAACAUUGUCUGUAUAUCAUUAUGUUAAAACCACCUUGCACAUCACAUCCGAUUUAUCUAAAAAAGCAAAUAUAUUGUUACCUAAAGAUCUUAAUCCAAUUAACUAGAUCUCGAUUAGAUCCGCGCAACCGCGCGGAUUUUUGUUUUCAUUUAUUUUUAUAGAAAUAUUUUGUUUCAAUUCUAAAUUGGCAUAUAUUAUAAUAUAUAUGUGUCUAUCAAUUUUUAAAACAUAAUAAGUUUACUGUAUAUUUUUUUCAUUGAAUAGA